CUAUAUUUAUUUAAAGGCAAAUAAACCUCGAGAAACAUAACGUUUUAUUACCCGCACAUGCUCAGGAAGGUUUGAAUCGACGGAGCAGACUCGUAGAUUGUAACGCAAGAAAAAUUUGUACUUCUGCGCAUCAAAACAUUAAUCAUGGACCAGCGUAUUCAUCAGCAUACUACGGUUAAAUUGGAAGAUAUGACUCAUGUACAAGUACAUGGAAAUAUUCAAAGAAGCAACUCUCUUUCUAUGGGGCAUCAUCAUGUUGGCUCCAUGUCUGAUGAUAUGUCAGAUGAACCGUCUUCACCUGAAUCUGCAUCGUUUGAUGAUUCUGAUCUUUUAACAACAACAACAAUUGGUGUUGUAUCUGAUGAUAUUGGUGAUGAUGUAACAGCUCAGUUGGCUGCUGCUGGUCCGAUUGGUAUGGCUGCAGCUGCUGCUAUAAUUACUGGCAAAAGAAGAAAGAAACAUUUUUCAUUUGAAACAAAUCCAUCAAUUCGUAAGCGUCAAGCCACCAGACUUUUACGAAAACUAAAGCAACUGAUGACAGAAUAUACUACACGUGUUGGACAGCAAGCUUGUAUUGUUGUUUGUAGCCCAGCUGUUAUGUUUGUAGGAAAGAUGGGAGCAUCUUUCAAAUGUUUUGGUGCUGCUCCUUUGGAAACAAUUAUUCGAAAUCGGCGUAAUCUUAUUUUAGAAGAUUUAGAAAACUCUUUAGCGCAACAGGCUCCAUCAAUUCAACAUCACAAUCCUGAUUUGCAUGAACUUCCCCCCUUGGUAAUUGAAGGAAUCCCAACUCCUGUUGACAAGAUGACACAAGCCCAACUUCGCGCAUUCAUCCCAAUCAUGUUGAAGUAUUCUACAGGUCGUGGUAAGCCAGGGUGGGGCCGCGAUAAUACAAAACCACCAUGGUGGCCAGCUGAAGUUCCGUGGGCAAAUGUACGUAGCGAUGUGCGCUCUGAUGAAGAGAAAAAAGAAAUUUCAUGGACAAACGCUUUAAGAAGAGUAGUACAAAACUGCUAUACUUAUCAUGGAAGGGAAGAACUAUUAGAUGCUUUUUCUACACAAGAUAGUAGCAUUAAUCAACAUCAACAGUCUACCCAAGUAUUUACUUCACAGUAUCCACAUCUUGUCCACACAAUUAAUAACGCAGAUGGUACAGUUUCAAUCAUUCAAGUUGAUGCUUCUGGAGCAGUGACAACUCUUUCUGAAAAUGCAACUCAUUCAGAAGCUACAGAAGCAGUAGCCACUCUAGCAGAGGUAGCAGCUUCGCAAGGGCAAAGUGACGGUAUGUAUGGAAGUCAUAAUAUUGACCAUGCUAGAAUAGACCAACGUUCCAUCAAUACAUCAGCAUUACAAGAUGGUCAAAUCAUUCUUGGAAGAUGUACUAAUCUUAUACCAGUUACGUUAUCUGCAAAUGGAGGAGUUCAGUUUAUAACGACUUCGUCACUUUCAAGUUUUCGACUCACCCAACACCCUCGUCAACUUCGAAAUAGCGAUGAUUCGACGACACUAUCGAUAGAUAUUCCAAUGCAUUCGGUUAGUGAUCACGUUGUCUCAGGAACUAAUGUUCCGAAAGCUACCCAGACAGUUGACGUUGUCACACUAUCUGAUCGUAUCGAUAUCUGAUCAUAAUUCUAGUAUUUCGGUUAUAUGAUAUUUAAUAUUUUUGUUUAAAAGCUGAUGUUGCUUAAGUAACUGUAGUCAUACUUCUUAGCUUAUAAAUACAAGAAUGGAAUAGAAUAGUGAAUUUAUAAUAAUUUUGUGUAACAAACUAAAAUGAUUUCAAUUCAAACAGAGAAUUCGUUUUGUGCAAAAGUUGGCUAUUGAAAUUUUCACGUUGGAGAUUUAGCAGAUAGUAAUUCAUUGUUUGAUCUGGGUUGCACAACAGCAUGUAAAUGCGGUUAAUACGAACAUCUAAUUGAUAUUUAUUAGUAUUUUCUUAACCGACUAAUCCAAACUUAGUAAAAAAAAGUAUACAGUUAGAGAAAUUUCAUUCCUAAUAAAAACAUUUUGUAAAUAAUAAUAUAUUUGCUGUAAAAAUAAUAACAUUGAUGCAUAGCAUAGUGAUUAGAAAUAAUACCCGUUAUUGUUAUAUAUUGUAAAAUUUAGCUUUAAAACGAAUUAAGGACUUUGUGUGAA